CUGCAACGUUUAAAGACAGACUUCCAAAGACGUAGAAGUCAUGGAUUGGAAAUUUCUCCAGGGUCUUCUUAGUGGAGUCAACAAGUACUCCACUGCGUUUGGGCGUAUCUGGCUAUCGGUGGUCUUUGUCUUCCGGGUGUUGGUCUUCGUAGUUGCCGCCGAGCGCGUCUGGAGCGACGACCAGGGACACUUCGACUGCAACACCCGCCAGCCGGGUUGCACCAACAUCUGCUACGACUACUUCUUCCCCAUCUCCCACAUCCGCCUCUGGGCUCUCCAGCUCAUCUUCGUCACCUGCCCUUCCUUCAUGGUGGUGCUGCACGUGGCCUACCGGGAAGAGCGGGAACGCAAGUACCGAGUCAAGCACGGCGAGGACACUCGGCUGUACGACAACACGGGCCAAAAGCAUGGCGGUCUGUGGUGGACUUACCUGAUAAGCCUCUUCAUCAAGACCACCUUCGAGAUCACUUUUCUCUACCUGCUCCACUACAUCUACGACAGUUUCAAGCUGCCCAGGAAGGUCCAAUGCGAUGUCAGUCCCUGUCCUAAUCUGGUGGACUGCUACAUAUCCCGGCCCACCGAGAAGACCGUUUUCACUUACUUCAUGGUGGGGGCGUCCGUCCUGUGUGUGGUGCUCAACAUCUGUGAGAUUUUCUACCUGAUUGCUUUCCGGGUGGUGAACCUCAAACACAGAGGCAGCGCCCACACCGCGUCUAGGAAGAGGCCACCGCUCCACCCUGGCACUGACUGUGAUGGCUGUAAGUCAUCUCUUACAUCAUAGCUGGAAACCUAGUAUAGGGUAUAAAUAUUAGU